UGUUUGUCCUUGUUGGUUUUUGUUCAACAAAGCUGUGCACUCAUUUGAAAAAGUUAUCUUACACUGAAAUGGUGCCAAAAACCGUGACAAUUACGUACAAGUUGUGGGUUUUGGGAAAAAUUAAAAAACGAACUGAAUUGCGCUAUUUUCCCGAGACUAAAUACAGAUAUGAGACGGAAUAUUAUUGCUGUCAUGGCUAUGAAGGCUCAGAUUUCAAUUGCAAGCCCAUUUGUAGUGCAGGUUGUCCUAGCAAUGGCUACUGCAGCGCUCCGGGACAAUGUAGCUGUAAUAUUGGAUAUUCUGGUGCAGAUUGCAGUCCCAUUUGCCACAGCUGUGGCAAACACAGCUAUUGUCAGUCGCCGGGCGUGUGCGAAUGCAACGCGGGCUUCAGCCGGACCGACCAAUCACACGAUUGUCUGCCGCAGUGCAUUCAGUCAUGUGGAGACCACAGCUUCUGUGCGGCACCAGAUACCUGUGAGUGUGAGCUGGGCUAUGAGAGAUCCGUACCCGAAGCAGCCUGUCUGCCUGCUUGCGUGCCCAGCUGCGGCACAAACAGUUACUGCAUGGAGCCCAAUGUCUGUGAGUGCCACGAGGGCUACAUGCAAGAGAAUGGAGCAUGCCGGCCCAUCUGCGAUGCGGGCUGUGGGCUAAACAGCAGCUGUUUCAAGCCAGGAGAAUGCCAAUGCGAUGAGGGCUACACGAGCUCCGAGGAAGGUAGCUGCCAGCCCAUCUGCAGUCAAGGAUGUCCGGAGCACAGCAGCUGCGGCAGACCAGGAGAAUGUCUGUGCGAUGAGGGCUACACGAGUUCCGUAAAAGGUAGCUGUCAGCCCGUCUGCAGUCAAGGAUGUCCGGAGCACAGCAGCUGCCUGGCACCGGAGCUGUGUGCAUGCAGCCCUGGCUAUGUCCAAAACAAGGAAAAUCUGUGUGAACCCCAAUGUCCAAAGGGUUGCUUUGACUAUGAAAGAUGUGUGGCACCCGAUGUGUGUGAAUGCUAUCCCGGCUAUGAGCUGUCGCAGGCUGAGCAAAAAUGUAAACCCACCUGCAGUCAGGGCUGUCCAAAUGGCGCUUGCUUUGCGCCCGAGGUCUGCGCCUGCAACCCUGGCUACCUAAUGGGCCCCAACAACAACUGCGAGCCGCAAUGCAGUCAGAGCUGUGUACAUGGCAGCUGCAUCGCACCCGAUAUCUGUGAAUGCGAUCCUGGACAUCGGUUCGCUCCAGAUUCGCGGCAUAUCUGCGAGCCGAUCUGUGAGCCAGCCUGCCAGCUGGGCACGUGCAUGGCGCGCCAGCUAUGCAUCUGCCAUUUAGGACAUGAGCCGAUGGGUCCAAUGGGCUCAGGCUUGGAGCACGUGUGCAAGCCCAGCUGCUCGACGAGCUGUGUAAAUGGCACUUGUCGGGCGCCUGAUGAGUGCAGCUGCAAUGCGGGCUAUGUGCCCGCAGACGGAGCGAACACCAACAUCUGUAAGCCCAACUGCAGUCACGGCUGCUCCAAUGGUGACUGCGUGGCGCCUGAGCUGUGCCAGUGUUAUCCCGGCUACGAGAGCACUGCAGCUGGCUGCCAGCUGCAGCUAGAAACGACCACCGAUUGGAUGACAACGACAGUGGCCACCACUGACCAUCAACCAGAGCAGCUGUUGCAGCAGCCCUGGACAAAUUGCAGCAUCGGCUGCCGUUGCUGGCACGUGUUGACUGAUGCGGCGCAGACUGCGCUCAAGUGCAUCAACAUCUGCAGGGAUGCCUACGACCAGCCAUGCCUGGAACUUGGCCAGUGCCGGUGCGUGGAGCCAACGGGUCAGCUGCUUUGCCCGGCUGCGAAUGGGCAGCAGGAGCAGCGCAUGGUCUGUCACGUGGACGCACCCAGGGCCAGGGACCUGAGCGCUGGCGAGGCAGCACUCAACGUUGACCAGAUUAAAAGCAGUGCAGUUAAAUGGCCAGCAAUCCUGGCCUGGUGUCUGGGCAGCUGCAUCCUCUUGCUGGUCGUGAUUGUGGCCAGCCACAUCUACUUGAGUCACAGACGCCAGAAGGCGCUUGCUCAGCAAGUCGAUGGACUCAGCAUUGUCAACUAUGUCCAUGAUACUUAUCCCACCGAUGCCGCAGUCCGGGUCACAAACAGGCUGGCAGCCCUCAUUAGUCAACUGAUAGCCCUUGGCGCAGCUGCAGACCUCCGGCUCGGUGCAAUUGUGACGCGGGUUAUUGCCACAGCCGCUGCUGCAGAUGGGCCGGCAGAAGCGACGGCUCUCGUCCAGCAUGUAGCCCAUGUCGCAUUGGCAGCUGCCAUCCAGAUAGCAGCGUCCAUUCUGGCAGCCAAUGGGACACGCGAAGACGCAGUCCCCAUUGUCAUUGCGCACAAAGCCCUCAUAGCAAUCGCACUCGCCGGGCACACGGCAUCCACCGUUCUGGCAGCUGCAAAUGGGCCGGCAGACGGUGACGCCCUUCAGGCGAGUGGGCGUGUAGCCGGUGCAGCAGACCUCGAUCGAGGACAGCUUUGCCACAGGCGACGUACUGGAUUGGCAUCGAGUCAAACAGGAAACAAAUCAGUUGCUCCCAACUGCUUGAAUAUGGCCAGGCUGCUGCGCGCUGUGGCCCUGCAGGCCGGUCUACUGCUGAUCUACCUGUGCCUGAUGCACGCCCUGGAGUUGCAGUUGCACGAACAGCAGCUGCAGCAACAGCUGCUCGACGAGCAGCUGCGUCUGCAUCAGCAACAGCAGCUGCUGCAGCAGCAGCGCGAGCAGCAGCUCCAGCAGCGACGCUAUUCCUCGACGACAUCCACACGUAAACCCUAUAUCAUACCCCAAGGCCUAUCACUGCCCCAGAGAGGCGUCUAUCCGGAUAAAUGCUACCGGGAAGUGCCAGCGGUUUUCUUUCAGUACGACAAGGAGCUCAAAAUCGUGGGCAAUAGCAGCACAAAUCCGUACUUCAAUGUGAUCGAGGUCUGCUGCAAGGGCUGGCGCAGAUACGAGUACGACUGGUCGAGAUGUGUGCCGGACUGCGGGGAGCGUUGCCAGGAGAAUGGCUUCUGUCUGCCGGGUGGACGGUGUCAGUGCUUUACGGAUUUUGUGCUCAACUACCGCAACGAUUGUGUGCCCACCUGCCCGUUGGGCUGCCCCCAUGGCCAGUGCUAUUUGAAUGGCACCUGCCGCUGCGAACGGGGCUACGAGCUGGAUGGCUCGAAACGCUUCUGCCAGCCGCAGUGCAAUACCACUUGUGGCCACAACGAGGUCUGCCUAGAGCCGGGCAAGUGCGUCUGCGCUGAGGGCUAUGCCCGGGGACUACGCGAAUCGAAUGCCCUCGGCUGUCAGCCCAUGUGCAUACCCGAUUGCGGCUACGGACACUGCGUGGCGCCCAAUCAAUGCGAAUGCUUUCCGGGCUACCAGAAACGCAUGAAUCGCAGCUCCUGCGAAAUCAAUUGCUACAUGCGCUGUGAGAAUGGCUUCUGUGCCAAUCAAACCACCUGCGUGUGCCAGAACGGUUACCGCUACGAUCAGAACACGACCAGCUGUCUGCCAGACUGUGGCGAUGACUGCCUGAACGGGGUCUGCGUCUCGCCGGGCAAUUGCCGCUGCUUCAAUGGGUAUGUGCGGAAUCGGGAGCGCUGCGAUGCGGUCUGCGAGCGCGGCUGCGGCUUCUAUGGGCGCUGCAUUGCGCCCAAUGUGUGCGGCUGUGCGGUGGUGGCCGGACCCGAGGAGAGCUAUCAGCGGUGCGAGAAUGGCUACUGCAAUGCGGAGGGGCAUUGCCGCUGCCUGGAGGGCAAGACGCGCUUCAUAGACAAGUGCAUGUCCCCGGAUACGGUGACCACGUACGCCUCCAUCAAUCCGUUGCGGGUGAAUGCCUCGCUAAUGCACGAGUUCGAGCUCUUGCUGGGCAGGCAUUUCAUACUGGGCGCCGCUGGCAUGAUCGAUUCAAACAGAUGGUGGGUCUAGGCUGGCGAUAAUAAUAUUCUACAUCCCAUAUAUAUUCUCUAAAUAAAUUAUAUUUACAAUUUCGAUGUCA